AUGGAUGCAGGCUUGGAAUAUAUUGUGGAAGAUCAUGGUGUUAAGGAAACUUAUUUAUCUAUACCGACAUGGACAUUGCAAGAGACGCUGGUUGGGCUGACCUUAGUUCUAGCAGCCUACCUGAUCCUUGUUAUGAAAAUAUUACCAACAUAUAUGAAGAAUAGGGAGCCAUUUCAAUUGAAAAAAUUGAUGUUGGCGUAUAACGCAUUCCAAGUCGCCUUCUCAGUCUACUUGGUAUUUAUCUAUUUGAGAUAUAUCUAUCGAUUUAAUGUAAUUACAACGAGAUGUCCUCAAGGAGAAGAUUUACAAGGAGUCGUUCGCGAAAUCUAUCCGUACUUUAUAGCGAAACAUUUGGAUCUUUUUGACACAGUAUUCUUCGUCCUUCGCAAAAAGGACAAUCAGAUCACAUUUCUUCACCUCUACCAUCAUACUUCCAUGGUCACUUGGACCUGGUUGCACUUGAUGUACCAUCCUACUGACAAUUUUGUGGUCGUUGGCAUGUUGAACAGUUUUGUACAUGUCCUCAUGUAUGCCUAUUAUGGGAUUUCAUCCUUGGGACCUGCUUAUGCAAAGUACAUCUGGUGGAAGAAGCACUUGACUAAGGUUCAGCUGGUCCAGUUUAUCCUCGUAGUCUCCCAUCUCCACUACCAGCAGAAACUCUCCCCCUGUCCACUCCCGAGUUUCUUCCACAACUUCUGCAUGCUCCUCAUCUGCACCUUCUUUGUCCUCUUCAUGAACUUCUACAUCAACAGCUACAGAGGGAAAAAGAAGAAUGUGGAAAAACAGAAUGGAGUUUUAGAAUCGAAUGUCGAUGAGAGAUUAUUGAAAACUCGCUAA